AUGACAUUCCGAUCUCCAUCUUGUGUCCAGUUUCACGUGUCCUACAUUGACUAUGGGAACACAGAGUUUGUCUGUCGGUCAGCUCUGGUGGAGCUGCCAGAGGAUCUACAGGCACCUUGUCUGGCCAAGAAGUACAAGUUCUGGGGCUUCCAUGUGUCCAGUGACCAAGACUCAGCACAUUUCCAGCAGGGAAAGGCCUUCCUUCAGAAUCUGAUCUAUGGGAAGAAGGUGCGCAUCCAGAAGAAGUCUGUCUGUUUCGACGGGACCAUCCUGGUCCAGGCUUUUCAGGGGAACCUGGACAUCGGUGAAGAGGUCCUCAACCCUCCAGAUGUGUUGUUUUUAUGUCCUGUUUUGAAGAUGAAGUUUGCCAAGUUCACCCUCCCUGGGAGUAACCGAGAGAGCCCCUUGCCUGUGGCCUCAGCGGGUGUUGGACUGGGCUGGCCCCCAGGGGGACGGGGACAUCCUGGCUCUACAGUCUGCAUGCCCAGACUACGGCCUGCUUUCCCCGACCAGAGGCCCCUGUCAAUGAAGGAGAAGAGCAAGGCCACAGCCCAGCAUGCUGCCAACCUAGUGAAGAAGAAGAAGGAGGACCGGGAGAUGGUGGAGGACAACCAGAGGCUGACGGCAGAACGAGAUGCCCAGCAACAGAACAACCAGCGCAGGGAGGACCAGCUGAGAGACAGCCUCUCAGAGCUCCAGAAGUUGAAAGAGGAGACUGCGAAUUAUGCCAAAGAGGCAGAGAGAUGGAAGACGGAGAGGAACACACUCCAGAACCAAUCAGAGCAGCUGGAGAAACACCUGCAAGAUGCCAAACAGGAAGUGCAGGCUAUAAGGGGAGAGUUAAAGAAGAAGGAGAAGCAAGUGGAUAAACUCCUGGACUCGGUGGUGGCUGAACAGUUCUGUCGACUGGCUGAGAGAGUCUAUUCUCUGAGAGGAUUAAGAGAGAGAAACCCAGGUAACACGGAUAGUGACAGCCUUACGGAGUCUAUCAACGUUGUCAUAAACAACAGCAUCUCUGCUCCGGUUGCCAUGGAGAAGCUCGAGUCGGCAUGGAGAGACUACAGCCUGGCUCAGGAGAAACUCAAGGCCUGUCAGAGGGAGCAGCUUGGGGAUCUGAUAGACAAGCGGAAUAAGGUGCGAGGUGUUCUGGCUGCCGCGGUGGAGUCCUUCCUUCAGGAGGCUAAGUGUUUGAAAGUCAGACAACGCAUGGACAAACUGGAGGAGGUGAGCUCUUCCCUGACUGCAGUGUUUGGUCCAGUCUCUAUGGAGGAGGAUGUUGGAGAGCAGGCCUUUGAGCAGUACUACCAGUGGAGGACUCAGAGGAGUCGUCUCACCGGCUCUGUCAGAGACGGGACGGACAAGGCCCUCAAGGCCCUGUGCACCUGGUCAGAGAACGUUGGCAAGGAGCAGAACCAUGAGACCAAUGCUUUCCACAAAGUCAUGCAGCACAUCCAGAGUGAGCAGUGUCUGCUGAGUGACAUUAUGGAGAAGGAUCUGCUGAACACAAAGUUUAAGGGUGAGAUGCUACAGUGGUUGAAUGCUAGCCCGACUCCAGACUCGCUGUUCUCUGUGAAGAAACGUAUCCGCAGCCUGAGGUCUCAGCUGAGGUGGAGACAGGUGGAGGAGGCCAGUCUGGAGGAGGCUGAAGAUAUUGACCUAACAGAGAUUCUGAAGAAGAAGGAAGAGAUCGCUGAGACCAGAAACACUAUUUUCCAGGAAAUCAGUCAAGAAAGAAAAGAAUAUAUGAAGCUCAGUGCUCUGGCUGAAGGCCGCUUUCCUGAGCUCCACCAGCUCUCCCCUGAGGCAGACAUCCACAGCUACAUGAGCUCUGGAGGACUGGUGUUUAGGAGUCUGGACAGGGACAUGUUUGAUGCUGAGCCCAUGAGGGAGCUGAGUGGACGCAGGCCUCUGGUCUGUACUGAGUUCCAGGGACAGAGGGUCAUACUCAAGGGUUACACUGUAAAUGAGGAGGCAGAGGCCAGAGUGCUGGAGAGAACCACCCAGUUUCACCGAACCAGGACGCAGAGGGAGAGUCAGCCUGACUCUGGAAUACUCCCUCUUCUGGCCCUGUUCUUUGGCAAGUCAGACCCUCUUGCCUAUGUGAUGGUGCCAUACUUCCCCAAUGGAAGUCUCUGGGCUGUUCAGGCUGCCAAACCCCUAACUGCCACAGAGAGUGUGAAGGUGAUGAGAGGAGUGGCCAGGGGGCUCCAGGCCCUCCACGCUGCAGGCAUCACCCAUGCCUCCCUCAACCCCAACAACGUGUUCGUCCUCCACCGACACCAAGGCAUGGUGGGAGACUACGACUUCACGAAGACUCCUGUGCAGAGGGCAAUGGACAGUGGGAUGGUGACCGGCUCUAUCAGCCUGGUGGCCCCAGAGCUCCGCCAGGCCCAAGGCACACCUCCUACUCCUGCCUGUGACUUGUACUCCUACGGCUGCCUGCUGUUCUGGCUGCACGCCCAAGGGUUCAACGGUGAUCUGGAUAGUGGAAGAAGACUGGCCCUGGAUAUCAGCGGGGUGAAACUGGAGGCCAAACUCCAGGCCCUGCUGUCUAAGCUGCUGGUGUGUGUUGGAAGACUGACUGCUGCUGAGACCCUGGCUGAUGACUACUUCCUGUCUGACCAGUAACCAGGCAACCAGGAGCUAGUAGAGUAACCGGUACAUACUGGGAUAGUUUGGUUGACAGUUUUACUUUAAUACUAGCAUGGGUCAUGUCUGUUUUAGCUAACAUUCCACUCCGUGACAUAUGCCAAAGAUGUUUAGCAUGCCGGAAUGGAACAAUGGCUAAACAGACUGGCACCCAGACUACUUCAAUACUACAAUGUUUUAUUUGUUCUGCCAAUGUAAAAGCACUGUUUAAUUCUGUUUAGCUCUGUAUUGUUUUCCUUUUUAAAUGUUCUAUUCAGUAAUCGGGUGAUGUCUUGCAGUUAUCACUUUUUACAGUAAAUAAAAUGAGACGUUCUGAGAA